CUAGCACAUGCAAGUUCAAGUGUAAAUACAGAAAGUUGACCGGUAAUCCGGAUACCUAUAGCCUACAGAAAAACGCUAUGGAUAGAUUAAGAAGCAUUAGGGAACCUCGCGGCAGCUUCCGCGCGGUCAUUUAGACUUCGUGGAACACAAUUAUGCGCGUGUAUUUUAUUAACUGAGAGGAAAGUUACGUGAAAAUAUACAAUGGUUAUAAAUGGAAGUCAUUUGAACAGUUCUUCGCCGGACCUAAAGGAGCAACCUCUGAACAGACCUCCUUGGGUCACUACAACUUUGGGUUGCUUCUUGAUAUUCACAAUAGUGGUUGAUAUUCUUGGGAACCUUUUGGUGAUCUUCUCCGUGUACAGGAACAAGAAACUGAGAAACGCAGGUAACAUUUUCGUCGUGAGUCUUGCCGUGGCCGACUUGGUGGUGGCCAUCUACCCGUACCCGCUGGUGCUGACGUCCAUCUUCCACAAUGGCUGGAACCUGGGCUACGUGCACUGCCAGAUCAGCGGCUUCCUCAUGGGCGUGAGUGUGAUCGGCUCCAUCUUCAACAUCACCGGCAUUGCCAUCAAUCGCUACUGCUACAUCUGUCACAGCCUCAAGUAUGACAAGCUGUACAGCGACAAGAACUCGGUGUGCUACGUGUUUCUCAUCUGGGUGCUGACGGUGGUGGCCAUCGUGCCCAACUUGUUUGUGGGCUCGCUGCAGUACGACCCGCGCGUCUACUCGUGCACCUUUGAGCAGUCGGCCAGCUCGGCCUACACCAUCGCCGUGGUCUUCUUCCACUUCAUCCUGCCCAUCAUGAUUGUGACCUACUGUUACCUUCGCAUCUGGAUCCUGGUGAUCCAGGUGAGGCGACGCGUCAAGCCCGACAACCGGCCCAAGCUGACGCCGCACGACGUCCGCAACUUCAUCACCAUGUUCGUGGUGUUUGUGCUGUUUGCCGUCUGCUGGGCGCCGCUCAACUUCAUCGGGCUGGCGGUGGCCAUCGACCCGGCCACUGUGGUGCCGCUCAUUCCCGAGUGGCUCUUUGUAGCAAGCUACUUCAUGGCCUACUUUAACAGCUGCCUUAACGCCAUUGUCUACGGCGUGCUCAACCAGAAUUUCCGCCGCGAGUACAAGCGCAUCGUGGUGUCGGUGUGCACGGCACGCAUCUUCUUCCAGGACAGCUCCAACGAUGCGGCCGAGCGACUCAAGAGCAAACCCUCGCCCCUCAUGACCAACAACAACCAGGUGAAGGUGGACUCAGUCUGAGGAAUAGACUCCAGAGAAAACAAAACAGACAAAUGCAAAAUAGAGGUCAAGGGGAAAGGUAAGAGAUCAUGGAUGUGCCAUGGGAUCAAACAUGAGGGAAAGAAAAGAUGAUCAAACAAGGAAAGGAAGAAGAUGUAUACCAAAUAGAAACAGAAAUGAUCAACUGAACAAAAGAUCGACUUCCACUCUUACUGUGCUCUAUGCCUCUAAACAAUCAGUGAUGAAACAGGGGGAAUGGGUCACAACAAUU